AUGAAACUCAUAAUCGCUGGCUCAACUGGCUAUGUAGCCACAGAAAUCAUCCGCCAAGCCAUCUCCAACCCAGCAAUCACUUCCAUCAUUGGUCUUGCGCGUCGUGAAACGGCUGUCCCGGCAAAUGCAGGCGCGAAUGCCUCGAAGCUCAAGUCUGUCAUUUGCAAAGAUUUUAACAAUUACUCUGAGGAUGUGAAAAAAGAACUUGCUGGUGCGAAUGCGUGUAUUUGGACGAUCGCCGUUGGUAUAGGAAAAGUUAAGGACUUUCCAUUCGAGCAUGUUCGCAAGACUUGCCUCGAUUAUGUUGUGAACGGACUUGAAACUAUCUGUCCUUUGGGAGCUAAACCCUUCCGGUUUCUGUAUAUUAGUGGCUCAAAUGUCACACGAGACCAAACGAAAAAGCCUCUCUUUAUGCGCGAUUAUACUCUCUUACGGGGAGAGGUAGAAAACCGCGUCCUAGCUUACGCAGAAAAAUCAAACGGCGACAUGUUACCAUGUAUAGCGAAGCCCGGUUUGAUAAGAAAACCAGGUCAGACAACUUUGAGUGGCGGAAUUGGUCCUUGGAUCCUCAUGACUGUGUUGGGUGUUCCCAGUGUGGAGCUCGUCCAUAUUUCAGCCACUUUGAUCGAUCAAGCUGUUAAUGGCAUCGAGAAAGAGGCAUUGCUGUGUGAAGAUAUGACGCGAAUUGGGUCUAAGAUCCUAGCUGAUCAGGAGACUUCAUUGUGA